GUGGAAGGACACGGGCAAUCGCAUGCGAGCCAAGGAGCCUGGGGGGUGGUGGACGGGGUAUGUGCUGCUGGUGAGAACCCAACGCUGGCUCAACCAAUCCGUUACUAACCGAUUUUACUGGUGGCAUCACGUGACGCUUAUUGUGCCGGACAACUUGUCAAGCGCCAGCAAGGGGCUCGUGUUGUUGUUCGUUGGGGCGGGGUGGAACGACCACGGCCGGGACGACCGGCGCUACACCAUCCCCGAUACGACCGACGUCUACAUCCACGUCGCUGCCCCGCUGCUGGUGGAUCUGGGCAUGAUGGGAGUGAUGGUGCACCAGCAGCCUAUGAUGCCCAUCACCUUCCACGUCGCCCCGCCUGGCGUCACCCGCAGCAUGAGUGAAGAGCUUCAGGAGGAGGAGAUCACAGCCUUCACCAUGGGCAUGGCACUGUAUGACCCCAGCACGCCCGAGUGGCCCAUCUUCAUGCCCAUGGCCAAGUCCAUAGUCCGCGCCAUGGAUGCCGUGCAGCUUGCUGCAAGACAGAUGCUUCCACAUGUGCCCGUGGAGGCCUUCGUGAGUGUCGGAGUGAGCAAGCGUGCGCACAUGGCGUGGCUCUCUGCAGCUCUUGAUAAGCGAGUGGUGGCCUUCAUAGCGUACGGCUAUGAUCUCAUCAACCUCCAGCCCAACCUGCAGCAUCUGCUCGACUCGGUGGGCGCCGUGCCCAUCCUGGUGCGCUUCUAUGUGGACUACAACCUCACGCACUUCCUGCACUCGCCCCUGCUGCCCCCCCUUCUGAGCUACACGGACCCGUACUUCUUCAGGGAGCGCCUGACCAUGCCCAAGCUGCUCAUCUCCGCCUCCAAUGACGAAUUCUUCUUCAUGGAUGACUCGUACUUCUAUUUCAACGACCUGCCACCGCCCACGCUGUUCAAGAUCGUGGCCAACCUGGACCACAUGGUCAUUCAGAAGUCCUACUGGGUCUACGAUGCGACCGGCUCCUUCCUCACCUCUCUCCUGCACGUCAACUCCUCCUGCGCCUCUCGCCCCGCCUCCUCCCGCCCCUCCCUCACCUGGACGCGCCCCACCAACCCCACCCCCUCCUCCCUCACUCCCCACACCACCUCCAUCUCGUCAGACUCCCCUUCCCCUCAAACCCCCCACAACCCUCACAGCUCUCAGCCUUCCAGUCUCCCAGACGCAGAGGCAGCAGCAGUGGCAGCAGUGCAGUCCCCCCCUUGGGGCUGUGUACCAGAGAUGCCAGCUGUCGACUGGCCUCAGCUGAGGUGGCGGUUUGAUUGGUCCACGUUCACCAUCCAUGCCACGUCAGACAGGAAGCCGUUGGCGGUUAGAGCAUGGACUGGGCGCACGAGGCCGGGCAGCAAGCGGCGGGACUUCCGGCUCAUCGUGAAGCAAGGGCUCGCCGGGUGCAUGGUGCCCUUCAAGAGCUCGGAUGUCUACAUUGCCAAGUUCGGCACCCUCUGUGUGCAGCCCAUCCCGUUCCUCCUGCACGCCGUCUCGCCGCCCGCACUGCAGCCUGACGGGCUCUGGCACUUCAGCUCGUCGGUCAAAGACAUUCCCAAG